AUGUAUUUUAAUAAACAAGGAGGAACUGUUUGGAAUCAUAGAAGUAACAUAUCAGUGGAUAAUUCGAAAAAAUAUAAACGUGAAGUCUUAAAAGGUGAUUUAUCCUCGACAUCACAUUUGGUUGAAUCAGCCGAAAGUAGUACAAGUCAAUCUCCACCAGUUCCACGUCGUCCAUCAUCAAUGGCAAGUUCACAUUCAUCAUAUCGUCAAACUUCUGUUAAUAUUUCACUGUCAUAUCAGCAAGCCAGUGCUUUUCCAAAUUCUUAUCCACCACCAACAUCAUUACGUUCUUAUUCACCUGAUCAAGAUGAUGAUGAUGGUGAUGAUGAAAACGAUGUUAGUAUUAAGGCAAUGCCUUUAACAGCAAAUCGUUCCCGAACAAAUACACCAUUUGGUUCACAUAAAUCACUUUCAGACUCGAUUCAAUCAUUAAGAUCAAAUCAACAACCAGCAUUAUCAUUACCUGUCAAAAAACAUUCACAUGAACCUUCACCAUUACCAGCACUAAUGAUUCAAAAACCUGAUCAACGUACACAAACACCAAAACCAUUUCACAUAAUAGUUCUGAAUAUCGUUAUUGUAGUACCGUUAAUGGGAAAUAAACUAGACAAAAUAGAACCUGGUACUGGCCGCAAGAUUUGUCCAGAUCAAUUUGGUGAUGCAAACAAAAUUGGUUUAGCAUAUUAUGUUCUAUAUCAUGCUCCAAGUGAUAUUACAUCAGACGAGGUGGGAAAAUACUCACAUCAUGGGUUGGCAAUUGAUAUAAAUGGUAGUCAAACGAAUUUAUAA